CCGCCGCUCCGGGGACAGGCCGCUCGCUCCCCAGUUUGGACCCGGCUUCUGCUCUUCUGGGGUGUCGCCCCCCCACAAGGUGUCCAACUCUGACCCCACCUCGGUCCUGUCCCAAAGCCAUGGCGGGGCGUGACCUGUGACCCCAUGCUGUUGGGACCUUACCUCGUCAGACGUCACCCGCGGCGAUCUCCCGGCCUUGAAGCCAACCCUGGACGACGGAGACCUGGCCCUGCACCCCGCCCGAGCGCCGGCAUGCGCGGGAAGCUGCUGCCGCUGGCCAGCCUGUACUUGGUGCAGGGCUUGCCCUAUGGGCUCCAGUCUGGCCUGCUGCCCACGCUGCUGCGGGCUCGCGGGCUCUCGCUGACGCGGGUGGGACUGGCCAAGGUGCUGUACGCCCCGUGGCUGUUCAAGCUCGUGUGGGCCCCGCUGGUGGACGCGCGGGGCUCCGCGAGGGCCUGGCUGACGCGCAGCACGGUGGCCCUGGGCUUGGUGUGUGGGCUGCUGGCCGCGCUGCCUCCUGCUGAAGCGGGCCAGGCCGGGCUGCCUGUCGCGGCCGCGCUGCUGCUGUUGCUGAACCUGGGUGCGGCUGUGCAGGAUGUGGCCCUGGACACGCUGGCCGUGCAGCUGCUGGAGCCUGCCGAGCUGGGGCCUGGCAACACCGUGCAGGUGGUGGCGUACAAGUUGGGGGCAGCGCUGGCAGGGGGCGGGCUGCUGGCCCUCUUGCCCACCCUCUCUUGGCCAAGGCUCUUUCUGCUCCUGGCUACCACCUACUGGCUGGCCGCAGCCCUGGCCUGGACUGCACCUGCCCUGCGCCAGCCUCCAAGGCCUCGGCACUCAGAGCAUCCCCACUACACUCUGCAUCUUCUGCAGGAUGUGCUCGCCGUGCCGGGGACCCCAUGGACGGCAGGCUUUGUGCUCACCUACAAGCUGGGUGAGCAGGGUGCCAGCAGCCUGUUUCCUCUUGUCCUGCUGGACCAUGGCGCUUCUGCCCGGGAGCUGGGGCUGUGGAAUGGCGUGGGUGCUGUGGCCUGCUCCAUCGCUGGCUCCUCCCUGGCUGGAGCCCUGCUGGCCAGGCGCUGGCAGCUGUUACCCUUGUUGCGAUCAGUGCUGCGGCUCCGCCUCGGAGGCCUGGUCUGCCAGACUGCCCUGCUCUUCCACCUGGACACCCCAGGGGCCAGUCUGGGCCCUAGCACGGUCUUGAGAGGAGCAGCCUUGCUGAGCCUGUGCCUGCAGCACUUCCUGGGGGGCCUGGUCACCACGGCCACUUUCACUGUGAUGAUGCGCUGCAGCCAGCUGGCACCCAGUGCCCUGCAGGCCACGCACUACAGCCUCCUGGCCACGCUGGAGCUACUGGGAAAGCUGCUGCUGGGUGCCCUGGCUGGAGCCCUGGCUGACAGCCUAGGGCUGCGUCCCUGCUUCUCCCUCCUCCUUGCUCUCUCAGCUCUGCCCCUCCUGUGCCUGAGCCUGGCACCCAGCAGCCUGGCCUGAGCUGGGUAGUCAGGCUGGUCAAUAAAGCUGA